CAGCGGAGAGGAGUACAGGACGAUAAGUGUAUUCCCCGACACGGAGUAUAACAGGGCAGCCUUGCUUCAGGUUAAACGGUGCACCCUUCUUAUCGUCCCUAUUUCUAUACACCCUGAAGAAAUUACUAGGAGAGCUGUCUCUCGCGAGGGAGAAUAAGGCGUAAGGAGAUCCGGGAUGAAAACCGAAGAGACGCAGUCUUGUCUUCAGCAGGCUCCAUCAACCACGCCCUUUGGCUCGGAUCAUGGCACGGCGGGCGAGGUGUGUGCGGGCUGCGAGUCGCCCAUUGCGGACCGCUUCCUACUGCGCGUCAACGAGCGGUCGUGGCACGAGACCUGUGUGAAGUGCGCCGUGUGCCUGAGCACGCUUAGUGGGACCUGCUAUUGUCGUGACCGCCUGCUGUACUGCAAGCACGACUACGAAAAGCUCUUUGUGCGGAAGUGCAGCUCUUGCCUGCAGGUGAUCGGCCGUUCGGAGCUCAUCAUGCGUGUGCUGGGCCAGGUGUACCACCUGGGCUGCUUCAGCUGCUGCGAAUGUGAGCGGCGCCUGCAGCGCGGCGACGAGUUCGUCCUCAAGGAGGGGCAGCUGCUCUGCAGGGGCGACUACGAGAAGGAGCGCGAGAUGCUGGCGGCCAUCAGCCCCGCCCCCACCGAGUCAGUGAAGAGCGAGGACGAGGACGGAGGGGGCGGCUCUCUGGGGAAGGGCGGCGACGACGCGAAGGAGCACAAGCGCUCCAAGCGGCCGCGGACCAUCCUGACCACGCAGCAGCGCCGCGCCUUUAAGGCCUCCUUCGAGGUGUCGUCCAAGCCCUGCCGCAAGGUCAGGGAGACCCUGGCAGCUGAGACUGGUCUGACUGUGCGAGUCGUGCAGGUGUGGUUCCAAAACCAGAGAGCCAAGAUGAAGAAGAUCGCCCGGCGGCAGCAACAGCAACAACAGCAGCAGCAGGAGCAAGAGCAGUUGGGGGGGGGGCGGCGGGGGCCGAGUCGCGGGGGCCGGCAGAGCAACGACGACAGCGAAGAUGGCUCCAGUGGUCACGGCCUGGACGGGCUGAUGCCAUACCCCUCAUUGCCACGGCAGCAGCUGCUGGCUCUGGACCCCAACAUAUACGGGGGCGAGCCGUUCCGCCACGGGCUCACGCCGCCGGAGCUUGGACCCGGGCAGCUGCACUACGACUCGGAGACAGUGUUCCACGACCUUGACAGCGACGGAAGCCUGAGUCACCUUGGCGACUGUCUCCUGGCAACGGCGGAGGGAGGACUUCUGGCAGGGAGGGUGGGGAACCCCAUCGAUCGCCUCUACUCCAUGCAGAACUCCUACUUCACCUCCUGACCCCCAGACCCCUGCUUUUUCCCCCCCAACCCCUCCGUAACAAACUGCAUCAUCUACCCAACCUGAGGUGGUGGACAAGCCUCACAUAUUCUUGCCUCCUGUUCCUUUUUUUUUUUUUUUUAAAGGACCCCCCACCUUAACGACAGUCCAGAGACUCCCAAAAGAUCACACGCCCCAUUUUAAAUGGUUGGAGAACCUUGUGUCAAUGGACCCAUUGAAAAUGUGUCUGUAAAACACUUCAUGCAAACCCUGCAAUGUAACGUGAAUGUAUCCUGAACCCCAACUAGCUUGACUAGCUUAGCACUGGAAACACCAUUUGAUGAAACCGUAAAUAUAUCUGAAAAAUGUAUUGUCCUGUAGACUGUGAAGAGCAUCCUAACUAAAACACCUUCAUAUUCAUCACUGAGCAUUUCUCACAGAACUCCUGGUGUUUCCAAACACUGCUCUUAUGGUGACAGCCCCUCACUGAGAGAUGCAGCACUUCAGACACUCGUGUGAAACACGGAUGGACUUGCCGGCCGUUUUGGCCUCCGUCUACAAGGAUCCUCCCCGGCUUUUCCAUGCACAGGACCGUCGGAGCCCACAGGAAAUCAAGCCCUGGUCCUCCAGACCUGCAGGGUGCGCUGGUAUCCGAUUGUCACGCAAUUAUCGAAACAGGAGGCUUCUUUACCUGGGGGUUUCAGGUUUUAAAUCAAGUGCAAAUCCAGCCAAACCCUAGAGAAGUCAAGCACUGCUGAAAUGGACGUGUUUGCAUUAGAAAUGAAACUGCUGGAUUGGUUUAGGUAAGGCGGCCUUUGGUGGCGACGGGCAUUUCUCCAGCCUGCCCCGUCCCCCAACACACAGCGGAAAUGAUCCCGGCAGACUGAGCAGGAGAUGACUGCGGUGGAUCCAGAGGCAGUACCGUGACCCCAGGACUUAAUAAUUCACGGUCCAACGAGCCAGGCAUUCCAGGCAGAGAGACGGCCGGCCAAAGGGCGGUUUUUAUAUAUCGGCGCUCCCGUCUGGGCGUGUUUGAGAUUCCGUCCCACCCGAGGACUAUUAAUCUACCUCUGGCCACAUCAGAGCAGACCCUUGUCAGGGGUGGCUGUUCAGAGGGUUCGCGGAUACAGGGGGAGGGGGGUCACUUUGAAAUGCCUCAUUGCAUUAUGGGAUGGGCGGGUUAUUUCACUGGUGGUACCGGUGGCAGGAGAUGAGGUAAAGGUCUCAUGGUUAAUAGCACAUGUGUACGGGUCCGGUUUGGGCUGAGGGUAAACAGCUCCGGUUCUGGUCCGGGGUGGUGUGCCACAUCCACUCAACCUCAGUACUUAAUUGCUUUAUUUAAGUAGUUAUUUGGAUAGUGAGUAGCCUCUGUGUGGUGUUAGAACUGUGCAUCAGGAGCCAAUCAAAAGGACUGGAGUGGUGUAACCCUGUUUUAGGGAGUCUUCUGCAGAAAAAUUAUUUCUAGCGCUCAUGAGGGUGAAAACGUGUAUUUGAUUGGGGUUGUUCUGUACUCUAAGGGGGGUGCAUACGUUGAUUGAGCCAAAGUGAAGUAAGCGAUCUGAAGAUCUUCAUGGGCAGUGAUGUCUGGAUUUUCUACAGGGUCAUGCAGUCGCUGUACCGAAGGCUGAAGAUCAGCGUGUACAAAGAGUAGUUUGGGGUGAGGAUUAUAGUGUGUGUAUUAUAAUACUCACCCUCAAACUAGCCUGACUGCACCAAGAGUAGGUUUAGGGUGACAAUUGUGUGUGCACCUAAGGUAGUGUACUGUCAGUUUACAGUGAGGACUAGAUUGUGCACCAAGUGUAGUUUGAGGGUGAGGGUGAUAGUGCACACUUAAGGUGGUAGUGAGGGUGGUAGUGCACACUUAGUGUAGAUUUGAAGUGAGGAAAUGAGUGUGCACUCAGGGUAUUCAGUCCAGAAGCAGGGGGAUUCCAUUUCCUAGUGAACUCCUUGUGAACGCUUGUGCCACAGUGUUAUUAUGCUUUGUGUCAGAAUAUUUUAAAUGACAUUUGUAACUACUUUGGUUGUUCUGUAUUUAUAAAGGUUUUGACAAGAAUUAAACUGAACUUACCCAGACACAUUUCCAAGAGGCAUCCAGUUAAAGUGAUUCCUUAUGUUAUGAUUAUAUAAAAACGCUGAGAGUAGCUUUUGGCUUAUGUUAUGGUAGUUAAGUUUGGUUGUUGAUUGAAAGGGUGAGAGGCCAGCCUUAUCAUUAGCCAAUGAUGUGCUUUGAAUCGGUGAUUGACAGGGGACGGGGCACUCUGGGGACCAAUCAGCUUUCGGCUGGGCCCAGUGUCCCUUUGGCUCCACAGCUAUAUACACCCCUGUUAAUUGAGCUGGUCAGGAUAAAGACUGCCACUAAGCUUAAGGAUUCAAGUGGGAUUCACGUUACAAUAGGGAAGGACUGGAACAAGCGUUCACACUUUCUGAGAGCAAGCACAACGUUGCUGUCCUUCAGCAAGGACAGAAGUAACCAGGGUCACAGGGUCACACUCGGUCACAGGGUUAGCAAGAAGGUGAAAAAUAAAGGUUCACAGGGUUUUUUUUUUUUUUAACGAAUGAGGAGGAGGCACAUGGGAAACCUUCUGGAAUGUUCUGUCAUUCGCAUGAAACGGCCAGCUGCACUCGGACAAACAAGUUUCAUGAGAAGGAAGUCAAAAUCGAACGGGAACAUAGCAUAUUCUGGUGUAAAAUAAAAGACUGUGUUAUUACUGUAGAUAAGCUUAUAGCUACCAGUGUUGGUGCCGUUUUAUUGCUUUGUACUUGAAAGCCAUCGCACGUCCCUCAGAGCCCCCUGGUGGAGUAUUUUGUACUGUUUUCUUGUGCCUGUAUUUUCAAAUUCAUCUGUAUUGAAGUAUUUAUGUUACCGCAUGGUGUGACGUGGAUGCGUAAUGAUUGCCUGCAUGGCGUCGGACGAUUCCGUGAGGAGCCCCAGCCCGGGGCAGAGAGAGAAUCAUUUUCCAGGUUUCCCUCCAAACUGGGAUCAGUCUGCCCGUGUGUGUGUGUGUGUUUGGCGAAAGGAGCUGUGUCCCCUUCUGCAGAGAGCAGACGUGCAAAAUCCAGACCAGGAUUUUGUUUCAACCAAACAGUUGAGUAUAAAGAGUCACAGUCACAGAGUGCUCGACUGGUUGGAUGGAACAAAAUCUUGGUCUGGAUUUUUACUUUCUGGACCUGAAAAUUCCAUCUCUGCGAGAGAAUGGGUUGCACUAGGGGGUAGGAAUUUGGGGACUUUGAGAGGGAGGGGCAGAUGGACACCCCCCCCCCCCCCCUGGGUGGGCCAUUGACACUCGCAGGUGGCUUCAUGUUUCGGGUCCGUCUCCUUGCUCGAGUGUGAUGUCUGUCAUCUGUACACCCUUCCAAUACAGCGUGAUUCCAGCCUCCA